AUGGCCCAGAUAUUCCUUACCGGUGCCACGGGCUACAUAGGAGGCGAAGUCCUCCACACUUUACAGCAUGUGCAUCCCGAGUAUGAGGUUGCCGCCUUGAUCAGAGAUAGUGAAAAGGGGGGCAAGGUUUUGGCUGCAUACCCUAAAGUCCGAGUGGUCCUUGCGGAUUUGGAUGAUGUUGAAACCAUUGAGAAAGAAUCGCGCAAAGCCAACAUCGUUAUCCAUACUGCUAGUAACAAGCAUAUCAAAAGCGUGGAAGCGAUCGGAAGGGGCCUGGCGGGACGUCAGAAUGCCUAUUACAUUCAAGUUACCGGAGCUAGCGUUCUGGCAGGUCCCGAGGUUGAUAAAAACUUAUAUGGCGAGCCCUCAGAUCAAAUCAUUGAUGACUUGGAUAACGCUGCUGAUCUCCGGGACAUAAUUCGGGCGUACAAAGAUCGUCGAGUGGUGGACAACUACAUUCUCGAUCUGGGUUCAGGUGGCCCCAAAACUGCGAUCAUCUUCCCUCCUAUCAUAUUUGGCGCCGGUAAAGGUCCCGUGAAUCAACGCAGCAUCCAGGUUCCCUCCUUGGCCCGGGCCGCUCUGCUGCAACGUGUUGGUCUAUAUCUUGGCAGGGGACUGAGUCGAUGGGGCAUUGUUCAUGUCUCUGAAUUGGCUGAUCUCUUUGUCAAAUUGGCGGAGCAUGCUGUCAACGCAUCCUCCGGUCCUAUCUGGAAUGAAAAUGGCCUUUUCUUUGCCGAAAAAGGCUUCGAGAGCUUCAAAGAUAUCGCUUUAAUGAUCGCCAAAGAGGCCCAUGGCCUCGGCUACAUUGAUUCGCCGGAUUCAGUGAAAUCCAUGAAUCUCGAUGAGGCCAACGUAGUGAUACCCCAUGGAAGUGUGUUUCUGGGUACCAAUGGUCAAGGUCAAGCUUCAAGAGCAAGAAAGUUAUUGGGAUGGGAACCAAAUGGGGAGAGCUUCCACGACACCGUGCGGGAGACAAUCAUUGCUGAAGCAGCACAGCUGUGA